AUGAGACCGACGCAUCGAUGUUUGCUAUCGUUGAUGAAUUCCCCAUUUAGGCUGAUUAGACUGCGAUUCAGCAGCAAUGUAAAGGUGAUAGCUAAGUUUAUGAUAUUGGCGAUAAUACUUUCGGUGAUAUUUGGUGGUUGGAGGUACAAAGUAUCAUUGAUAGACGCAGGAGACUUGAAGAAUUUGGAUUUCAGUGACCAAUAUUCUCGGAAAAUGCUUAAAGCCUUGCCUAUGAACAGAAGACCUAUCAAGUCACAUGUUGACUCGGUGUUUGAAUCCGGAUGCCGAGACGUAUUGGAAGAGGCCAAGAAAACGAGAGCCAACGCGGCUUUCGUUGUUUUGACACGAAAUUCUGAACUACAAGGUGUUUUGUCAUCCAUGAAAUCAAUGGAAAGACACUUCAAUCAGUGGUUCAACUAUCCAUGGAUCUUUCUUAACGAUGAGAGAUUCACUCUACAAUUCAAAAAAGAAGUGAGAAAAGUCAGUAGCGGUAAAGUGAAGUUUGGUGUGAUUCCAAACUUACGCUGGCAUAUGCCUGCUGAGAAAAGCGAUCCGAUCGAAUUCUCUGAAGCUAUAGAGGAGCAGGGAGAUAGAGGAAUCAUGUACGGAAGUAUGCCUGCAUAUCAUAGAAUGUGCCGGUUCUAUUCUGGGUAUUUUUUCGAUCACAACUUGGUGCAAAAGUUGGACUGGUAUUGGCGUGUUGAACCGGAUGUUGACUUUUAUUGUGACAUCACUUACGAUCCAUUCAGGGAAAUGGAGGCACAUGGAAAGAAGUAUGGGUUCACGGUGAUGAUCAAAGAGUUAUUGAAUACGGUACCUAACCUAUUUCGUUAUACUCUUGCAUAUUCCAAGAAGAACAAUAUUACUCUCCCGGAUUCCUGGUCUCUUUUUGCGAAGGAUUUCGAUUUCGUUCGUGGGGUCAAUGAGCAAUAUUACAGAGAUAUUGGGAAAAAGGAGCAAUUUUGGAGUCGAUUGCAACAACGUAUUCCUUUGCUUAGGGCACAGCAAAGUCUAAAAGAAAAUAAGGAUGAGCUUGAUGAAUAUUCGUUGAAAGCUCUAUCAAGUUUGUCCAAUCCAAGUCGGUUACGUAACGUUCCUCGAGAUCGGUUCGAUAACUUUGAGUACAACUUGUGUCACUUCUGGUCGAAUUUUGAGAUUGCACGAACUGAUAUUUUCAGGUCGAAGGAGUACAGAGAUUACUUUGAGUUUCUAGAACAGUCUGGAGGAUUUUACGUUGAGAGAUGGGGCGAUGCUCCUAUUCAUUCGCUUGCAUUGGGGCUGUUUUUGAAUCAGUCAGAGAUCCAUUAUUUUAGAGAUGUUGGAUACCGUCACUCUACACUAAGGCAUUGUCCACUCAAUUCGCCGCAUCAACUUGAGUACCAAAGGAGCCCCAGAUACACAAAUGGAUACGGUAAAAGUGAAGAAGAAUACUGGACAAAUUACGACAAGCCUUUAGAAGACCCGGAUAUAGGAACAGGCUGUCGGUGUAGUUGUCCAAGUGACCCCGCAGAGAUUGAGAACUCGGAUAGUUCGUGUAUUUCUGUUUGGGCCAUGUUGGCAGAUAGUCAAAGAGGGUCCAAAAAAUUAUUGGAUCUAGACCGGAUAGAGAAGGAAGCUGUAGGUUAUUACGAAGAGUACAUAUCCGAGCAUGCAGGUGGAGAUAAGAAAUGGAAGCUUUCCAAGGCUGAUAUUGAUAAAUUACAGCAGUUUACAGCUUGA